AUAAGUCACAACAAUGGUGGUCUGGAUUUUACUAAUAGUAUUCCUUACACGAGCAGUUGCGGAGAAAAGGAUUUUACUGAACGAUCCAAACUUAGUUCAGUCACAGAUUCAUGCGCUUGAGAGAAAGAUGGAGGAUGUGGUUACUAAAAACUCUGAUCUGGCUGCCAAAUACAACGAUUUGUUCGCCAAAUACAACGAUCUGUCCACUAAAUACACAGAUCAGUCCCUCCAGUUCACGGAUUUGUCUGCGAAAUACAACACUCUGCUAACUAAAACCAACGCUGGUGGAAUUUUUGUGCGAUGGGGACGAAAAGAUUGCCCUGGCAACAAAACAGAAUUGGUUUAUUCAGGGUUUGCUGGAGGUUCAUAUUAUCGUCACAGUGGAGCCGCCGCCGAGUUCGUUUGUCUUCCACCUGACCCAGAUCUCACUACAAAGUAUACUUCUAGUUAUGCAUACAUGUAUGGGUCAGAAUAUUAUUCGAAUGAGUUUGGUCAUGAUGGGGGCAAUGACCUUCCAUGCAGCGUUUGUCGAAGCACAGUACAAUCGAGCGUUCUGAUGAUUCCAGCUAAAUCUUCCUGUUACGAUGGCUGGAGCAUGCAGUACCAGGGAGACCUUGUGGCAGGAUAUACUGCUAAUGAAGCAGCAAGUCAGUAUAUAUGUUUAGACGAGCAUUCUGAAACCUUGACUGGAGGGCAACGUAGUGACUAUGGAAAACUGUUUUUCCCCGUUAAAGCAGUGUGCGGAGCCUUGGCCUGCCCACCAUAUCACAAUGACAGAUACCUUACUUGUGUUGUCUGUACCAAAUGACAAUGAUUAAACCGUUACAUGUAUACGAAACAUGCGGCUGUGGCUCUUUGUAAUACUUAAUAUUUAGGCAUUUAAUC